CACACAAAAAGACUAUUUCUCGUGACAAAGAAACAUAACAGCCAUGGCUUCACAGUGGACAAUACCAAAACUUGUCACUUGGAGAGUCAAAGAUUGGGCUUCCUGUUUCUUGGCUUGCAAGAUUCCUCUAGACGUAGAUGAAGAUGGAGUUAAUAACAAUGGAAACACUACGAACAACAAUAAUCUAACGUUCAAGAGGAUUAAGAGGAAGAUAAAGAGUACUAAGAAGAAGAGAUCAGAGAGGAAACUCAGUCUAAGCCCACCAGGGACACGUCAUCAUCAUCUUCAUCUAAGAAGCAGUAGCGUUUCUCCGACGACGUCGGCGUCUCAGCACCGGCGCUUGAGCUGGCCUCAGCCACCUGUCUCAGAAGAAUCUGGAUUCAUUGUCUUCUGCUUCGAUCGUGAAGAUGGUGGUUUCGAUGUGGUUAAAGAGGGUAAACAAGAGAGGAAAGAGACCGAAUUGUCGUCAGAAAAGUCACCGAGGACGGUGAAUCGAAAGCUUAUAUAUGGAGACCUAGGAGUAGGAGGAACAGAGAAGAAUAAGUCGACGGAGAAUAAAGGAACAGAACAAGAUCAGAACAAUAACACUUCAUGUCAAGAAACUAAAGAUGUCUCUUGUGAUGUUACACAAAAAAUCGAAGAAGAAGAAGAAGACAUUGAUGCCUCUGAUAAAUCUAGCGGGUCUAGUCACUCAGAUGAAGGAAGGGGAUCUUUUGCAUUUCCCAUAUUAGGAGUAGAGUGGAUGGGGAGCCCUGUUAAGAUGCCUGAAUCAGAUGACUUGUCUCCCAAGAAACAAAAGCCGGUUGCUUUAGGGUUCCAAUGCUGUAGAUUCUGAAAAAGAUAGCAUUCUACAAGUUUAUCCAAUUCUUUUGUUUUACUCUGUUUCUGACUUCUGAGUAAAGAAACACUCUUAAA